GCUCGUACCCUGCCCCGUCUUCCCGCCGUUGCCUUGCCCAGAGAGAUACGAAGUCAAAACCACCGAGAAGUAUUUUUGAAGCGCUUUCCUCCUGGAUGAUGCGUUUGUGAUCCGCGGAAGAGGAACGAGGGAAUGAUGAGUGAGUCCGAAAAGAAGAAAGUCGCGCCGAGUCCCGGAAAGAAGAGGAAUCAGGAGGGACACCGAGUUAAAGUGGAGGCCCAAGAAAAACUUGAUGGUUGCUUCAAGGAGUUGCAUGAGGCUUUCUCCAGGACAAAACAGGCCUUUAUAUUAUACAAGUCCAAAAGUUUCUUCUUCCCUGAUCCUGAAUUUCUCAAGAAGUUUACUUACUACCUGAAACAGGUGGAAGGGAACUUACUGGAUAUGGGAAAUGUCUUGAGUGGCUGGGAUAAACAGAAUUUUGACUUGGAGCCAGAAACAACAGCAAAGACAGGUGCAUCAGGUCUAAAGACAGAAAGGGAUCAGUCCAGCGAGAACAUUGGCCAAACACCUCAGCACAAUGGCAAUGCUGUAAAAGAUGAAGCAACAGUCAGCAUUACACCCCCUGCCUCAGAAGCUGGCAAUGAUGAAGACUUGUUGGUACCUGGCUAUGAAACAAGCAAACCCUUACAAAAGUCGGCAGAAUCUUCUAAAGCUCGAAUGCCAGAAAAGAAAAGACGCCACAGGCAUUCAGAAGGCCCCCAAUCACCAAAGAAUGUUAAACGACCACGCAGAAGUCUGAUUGAGGAUUACCUUACAAUAGUAGACAAGGCUGAGAACCAGAAACAAAAUAGCAGUGUAGUAUCUCAGGAGGAGGAUGAAGCAGAAUACGAAGUUGAGACCAUUGUCAACUUUAAGAGGAGUGAGGGUCAGUACUUUUACAAUGUAUUAUGGCGAGGCUAUGGUCCGGAAGACAACACCUGGGAACCUUCAGAAAACUUGACCAGCUGUGCAGAACUACUUGUUGAUUUUUACAAGGCAAGAUAUCUUCAUAGAGAUGGACUGACAUCAGAAGAAGAGUUCAGCAGUUAUCCACUGCCCAAUGACCCAAGUACAAAGGAACUGCAGCGGCAGGCAAUCCUGGCUAUUGCAUCUGACCCAGCCAGGCAGAAUUUGGAGAAAUCACUAAAGGUCUUGUUAUCUCCAAAGCCAGUGGUUCCCAAGAUGGAGUUUAAAAUUACUGAAUUAGCAGACAAAGUUAUUUCAACAAGAAAGAGAGAGAGAUAUGAUAAACUAAUACAGACAUUAGUGGAGCAUGUAACGUUAAGAGAGGUAGAGACAAAGCGCAAAAAGCAGUUAGCUGAACUACGCAUGUGGGAGCGAAAAAUCAAUUCAGUAUGCAGUGAUCCUGCUAAACUGAGUGUGGAGAAUAAUGUUGACCUUGAGCUACCAGCAAUGAAUUUUAUAUACAUCAAUGAAUUAAGAGCUGGACCAGGGGUAACAAUCCCAUCGGAUCCAGUGCUGGGCUGCGAGUGUGAGGACUGUUUCAACAACUGCAAGUCCUGCUGUCCUGAUCAGAUGAAUUCUUGGUUUGCCUACAAUAAGUAUGGGAGACUAAAAGUAUCACUUGGCACACCAAUUUAUGAGUGUAAUAAAAGAUGCAAAUGCAACUCGCAUUGCUCAAACAGAGUAGUACAAAAAGGAAGGAAUGUCAGCCUAAGCAUCUUCCGAACUGCAAAUAGUUGUGGCUGGGGAGUCAAAGCAAUGGAAAGUAUUAAAAAAGAUACUUUUGUUACGGAGUAUGUUGGAGAAGUUAUUACUUCAGAGGAAGCUGAAAGACGAGGGAAAAUCUAUGAUGCCCAAGGUUGCACAUAUCUCUUUGAUCUAGAUUAUGACAAAGGAGAUCAGAAUCUUUACACAGUUGAUGCUGCAAAAUAUGGGAAUGUAUCGCAUUUCAUCAACCACUCGUGUGAUCCAAAUCUCGUUGUCUUUAAUGUUUGGGUGAACUGCCUUGACCCCGAUCUUCCUAGACUUGCUUUAUUUAGUGUAAGAGACAUAAAAAAGGGAGAAGAAUUGACCUUCGACUACAACUCUGGACUCGGUUCCCAGCAGAUGGCAAAUGGAAACUUGGAUCAAGGAAAAGAAUCUACUGAAGAUGCAUUUGGAGAGGUCACAACUCCCCAGAAAAGUGAAGGAAUUAGAGCAGUGUCAACCUCACCAGACAUGAUACUGAAGACUCCCAAAGGAAACAGGGGACUUCAGUAUGGAAAGACUGAAUGCCGAUGCGGUGCUGCCAACUGUCGGAAGUACUUCUUCUGAUGGGCCGUUGUUAUUGUUAUAUUGCAAACAUAGAAUUUGGUUAUGUAGUUGGAUCACAGUGUGUCAUGGAAUGGUACUUAAUUGAUUCCAGGAGCAUUGUUUUUAUUUUAAUACUGAUGGCAUUAUUUAGCCUUGGUGAUACCUGAUAUCCUGUGAUUUUUUAAUUUUUUUAUCUUAUCGUGACAAGAAUUGUAGAAAGUUAAGCGAGUUAAUUGCUUUAUAGUUCAACACUAAGAAAAAGGCAAUAAUUUUUUUUUUUUUUUUUUUUUUUUUAUAAUUUUAACAAUUCUUCAAAGGGAAUUGGUAACUUGGACAUUAUAGUGGAAGUUGUUAUAGUGUCAUUAGAAAAAUAUUCAGCAAAAUUCCUUUGUGAAUUUCAAGGCAAUGUAUCUUUUAUUUUCUUAUUAUAGUUACACAAACAGAUUUGGUUUCAAGUGUGUUUUGUAGAUUAGAUAUUUAUUUUAAAAAAUUGUUAAGUGCGCCCUUCUGAAAAUUUUUCCUUGAAAUGAAUUCUCAACUAAAUCUAAGAAGGUUAAAAGGAGAAAGGAAUAGGUUGAGUUGCUGUUCAUAGAAAACCUAUAUUUAUUUACAUGUUAGAGUAUGUCUUACGAAGAGGAUUUUUUUUUUCUACAAACUUAUAUUUUAGGAUGUCUCCAACCAGUUACUUUUAGUAUUAAAGAACCAUUGAUGGUCU